AUAAAAACCUGAUUUGAACCAACGAUCCCUGUUGCUCACAACCUAUCCAUCUUCUCUACAUGGCUUCGAGAACUUUAAGUCAAUUUUUAGGAAAAUUAAGACAUGUCAGGAAAAAUGACUUGUUGUAUAAUCAACAGAGAUCAUUCUAUUUAUAUUCCCCCGAGCCGUUUCACCCUAUUCCAGGAAAAGAACCAAAAUGGAUGUCAGCUGAAGAAGCAGUCUCAACCGUAACUUCAGGACACAAGAUUUUUAUUCAUGGAUGUGCUGCAACACCUGUCGAUUUAGUAAAUGCCCUGGCAAAACACGGAAAAGACUCGAAAAUCAAAGACGUGGAGGUUAUUCAUAUUCACACUGAAGGACCUGCAACGUAUACAAAACCAGAAUACGAGGGAAUAUUUCGUUCGAAUUCACUUUUUAUUGGGGGUAACUGUAGAGAAGCUGUGAAUAGUGGAAGAGCAGAUUUUACACCGAUCUUUCUCUCUGAGAUUCCGCAUUUAUUCCGUAGAAAAAUAAUAAAUUUGGACGUGGCCAUAAUUCAAGUAUCUCCUCCAGAUAAGCAUGGUUUCUGCAGUUUAGGACCGUCUGUUGAUUGUACAAGAGCAGCCAUACAGAAUGCAAAGCAUAUUAUUGCCCAAGUAAAUCCAAAAAUGCCUAGAACUUUUGGAGAUGGUAUCCUGCAUAUGUCCCAUUGUGACGCAAUGGUUGAAAGUGAAGCUGAUUUACCUGAAUUACCCAAUCAUAAACCUUCUGCAGUCGAAGAGAAAAUUGGAUCAUUGAUUGCUGACAAUCUUGUAGCUGAUGGAGCAACUUUACAAAUGGGGAUUGGAUCUAUCCCAGAUGCUGUUUUAGCUAAACUUAAAGAUCAUCGGGAUUUAGGAGUACAUUCUGAAAUGUUUUCAGAUGGGGUUGUUGACCUUGUGGAGUGCGGAGCAAUCACUAACGCUAAGAAGACAGUCCAAACAGGAAAGAUUGUAGGAGGUUUCGUACUAGGAACAAGGAGAUUAUACGAUUUUCUAGAUGACAACCCUUUUGUUGUCAUGUGUGACAUAUCAUUUGUCAACUAUUCACCAGUUAUUGCCCAGAAUCCCAAGGUGACUGCUAUAAAUAGCUGCAUAGAGGUCGAUCUGACAGGUCAAGUUGUCAGUGAUUCAAUUGGAACAAGAAUGUACUCGGGAGUUGGUGGCCAAGUUGAUUUCAUAAGAGGAGCCGCUAUUGGUCACGAUGGUCUUGGAAAGCCAAUUUUGGCAAUGCCAAGCGAAACUGCAAGGGGUGAAUCUAAAAUAGUACCAUUCCUUAAAGAGGGUGGUGGAGUAGUUACAACCAGAGCGCAUGUUCACUAUAUAGUUACUGAAUAUGGUAUUGCUCACCUAUUCGGUAAAAAUUUGAGACAACGCGCCUACGAGUUGAUUAGGAUUGCUCAUCCUGAUCAUAGGCAAGCUCUUGAAGAAGCUGCCUUUGAAAGAUUGAGAUGCAUGCCCAGCCCCUAA